AAACAAAAGUCCACAUUAAAAAGUGAUGUUGUUGCAUUCCAUCUCUCCGUUUCCCUCUGCCGCGAUACGCAGAGUCCAGAACCACAGAAGCUUGGGUAGAAGAAUCGGCAGCCAACCUCAACUGCAGCAAGUCAGAGCCAUGAAGGCCGUCGUGCAACGAGUUGCAUCCGCGAGUGUCGAGGUCGAUGGGCUUAUCGUAUCGGAAAUCGGGCCAGGCCUCCUCGUACUCGUCGGUCUUCACGAGUCCGACACCGAUUCCGAUGCCGAUUACAUAUGCCGUAAGGUAUUGAGCAUGAGAUUGUUUCCUAAUGAGAGUACUGGGAAAUCUUGGGACCAGAAUGUGAUGCAGAGAAAUUAUGAAGUUCUACUAGUCAGUCAAUUUACAUUGUAUGGAAUCUUGAAGGGUAACAAGCCGGAUUUUCAUGUGGCAAUGCCACCAGGGAAGGCAAAGCUGUUCUACGCUUCUUUGGUUGAUAAAUUUCAACAAUCUUACAAGACAGAUGCUAUAAAAGAUGGUGUUUUUGGAGCAAUGAUGAAGGUCAAUUUGGUAAAUGAUGGCCCAGUCACGAUGCAGCUAGACUCAUCACAAUCAUCCAAUUUCACUUGAGAAGAUUGAACCAUUUCAAAGAUUGAAAUGAGGCCGAAGUAGCAUAAUAUUCAAAUUUGUUAAAUUGGCUUGGAUCCAGCGUUGUAAUUGUGGUGUUAUAUGUAUUACAAGUUGGUAAAUUAUUUAGACACAACUAUGAACUGAAUAACUGAUUCUCUGACAAGAAGUGAAAAUCUUGUUUUGGCAUGCUAUUAUUGCUGU